AUGACCAAUAUCGUUUGCUCGGAACCAUCCGAAGACGCGAUCGCGCAAUCGUCGUCGACUGCCCCGGUUCUUGCUUUGUCGCUCUCGCAUAAUUUUGCGUGGGCACUUGCAGGAAACGUGACGUUCGCUGCCUGCCAAGGUGCGAAUCUGGUACUGCUUGCCAAAGCGACAGAUCCCACCAUGGUUGGUCGAUUCGCGCUUGCUCUUGCGAUCACUGCGCCGCUGUUUCUGCUAACCAACUUGCAGUUGCGUGCUAUUCAGGCCACCGAUUCUCAGGCACAGUAUCGCUUCGGAAACUAUCUUGCCCUGCGUCUCCUGACGACAUGCAUCGCUCUUGGGUUGCUGCCCUUGAUUGUGAUGUCGGCCGGAUAUGCUUGGAGCCUGGCCGCGGUCGCUCUCAUGAUCGGUGUCGGUAAAAGUUUCGAUGCGAUCAACGAUGUGAUGUAUGGAUUGGUGCAAAAGCAUGAGCGUCUCGACCGUGGUGGCUUUGCACGCAUUGUCGCUGGUUUCGGCACCGUCGCUGGACUCGGCACGCUGCUUUACUUCACAGGAAGUCUGUUCUGGGCGGCUACCGGUUGGGCACUUGGCCAUGGGAUUGUGACCUUCACGGCUCCUUACUGGGUCGGGUCGGAAAUCGUCGCGCUCGAAAGUGAAUUGGCCUCACCUAAAUUGUUUGCACCGAUCUGGGACCGCGAUCGCCUGGUUCAGCUUGGCUUGCUUUCGUUGCCGAUGGGAUUGGUGAUGAUGCUGGGCUCGCUGCAAUUAAACGCACCCAGAUAUUUCAUCGAGCAUUAUCUCGACGAGCGGUUCCUCGGCAUCUACGCCGCAAUCGCCUACGUGAUGUUGGCUGGCAACAUGAUCAGCCUGGCGAUGGGACAAGCGGUUACGCCUCGCAUGGCGAAGCACUUUGCCGCUGCCGAGUUCAAGUCUUACUUCGGUAUCCUGGGACGCCUGAUGGGGCUUUCGGUAUUGGGAGGAAUCGUGGCGGUCGCAGUCGCGUGGCUCGCUGGCGAAUGGAUCUUGACGUUGCUUUUUACCGCAGAAUACGCGCAGUACAGUUCUGUGCUUGUUUGCCUGGCAGCGGUGCUGGGUAUCGAGACGGCGACGUCUUUUAUGGGCGAAGCGAUGACAUCAACGCGACGCUUUCGAAUUCAAAUGCCGGUGCUGCUGGCUGCAUUGCUUGCCGCGGCUAUCGCAUGCGUUGUCUUGAUUCCCCGUUACGAAUUGAUGGGCGCCGCCAUUGCCACGGGCGUCGGGGCUUUCACGCAGCUACUUGGAGGAAGCAUGAUCGCCUCCAACGAACGACCAAUACGUGUUGCUCAAGUGGUUCAUGGUCUUGUCGUGGGUGGCAUUGAGACAUGGCUGGUUAAUGUCUUGAAGACCAUCGACCGCAAUCGCUUUCAAGUCGACUUCAUCACCAGUCGUCCGGAAGCAUGUUACUACGACGACACAGUUCGAGCGUUGGGUGCCAAUCUGAUUCACUGUCCAUCGCCUCGCAAGCCUUGGAUCUAUGGUCCGGCACUACGCAAGAUUUUAAAAGAUGGCCAGUACGAUGCAGUCCAUGCUCAUGUCGAUCACUACGGCGGCUUCAUCAUGCGAGUUGCCCGAAGCGCUGGCGUGAAAGUCCGCAUCGCCCAUAGUCAUAGCGAUACGUCUAGAAAACAGUCGCAAGCCAACUUGUGGCGACAGUUCUAUCUGAAAUCAACCAAACGUUGGAUUCGAACCUCGGCAACUCAAGGGUUGGCCGUUAGCGAUCUGGCCGGACGAUCCCUGUUUCCGACAUGGGGAAACGAUCAGCGAUGGAAUACUCUCUACUGCGGAAUCGACACCGAGGCAUUUCACCAAACAGUUAACCGAGACGCAAUUCGCAAGAAGUUUGGCUUGCCCGAAGAUGCGAUCGUGCUAGGCCACCUUGGCGGCUUUCGCGAGCCAAAGAAUCACGUCUUCCUGGUCGAGAUUGCUAAGGCGAUGCGUUCGAUCGAUUCCCGCGCACACCUAUUGCUCGUAGGGGAUGGCCCCUUGCGCGAAGACAUUCAGCGGCUCGUCGACCAAGCGAACUUGCAGCAGCACUUCACGUUUGCAGGGCUCGUCGACGACGCGACGGAAGUAUU